CCCACACCCCUCGGCCACCCUGAGUCUGCUACUCACUGCCUUUCCUCACCUCAUAGUCAAGAACAGAGGAACGGAAUGGAUACGGAAGGGAGCCAAAGCAGCCUGUCCUCGGUGGACAACUCCCCCCACGACCCUUGCAAAAUGUUCAUCGGGGGUCUCAGUUGGCAGACAACACAAGAGGGUUUGAAUGAAUACUUCUGUAAAUUCGGCGAGGUGAAGGAGUGUAUGGUGAUGCGAGAUCCAGUUACGAAGAGAUCAAGGGGAUUCGGGUUUGUCACAUACAUAGACCAAGCUGGUGUGGAUAAAGUUUUGGCGCAAAACAGACAUGAGCUGGAUUCUAAAACAAUUGAUCCCAAGGUGGCGUUUCCUCGUAGAGCCCAGCCCAAGCUGGUGACCAGGACAAAGAAGAUAUUUGUGGGAGGUCUCUCUGUGAACACAACCAUCGAAGACGUCAAGCAGUACUUUGACCAGUUUGGAAAGGUUGAUGAUGCCAUGCUCAUGUUCGACAAAACCACCAACAGACACAGAGGUUUUGGCUUUGUGACCUUUGAGAAUGAAGACAUGGUGGAAAAAGUGUGUGAGAUCCACUUCCACGAAAUCAACAACAAAAUGGUGGAGUGCAAGAAAGCACAGCCCAAGGAAGUGAUGUCACCGACGGGUACGGCUCGAGGUCGUGCCAGGAUUAUGCCCUACGGCGUGGACGCUUUCAUGCUGGGGAUCGGCAUGCUGAGCUACCCAGGCUUCCAAGCAGCUACGUAUGCUAGCCGCAGCUACCCUGGCAUCGCUCCUGGAUACACGUACCAGUUCCCUGAAUUCCAUUUAGAGAGGACCCCCCUUCUGACAUCACCCCAUCCCUCUGAGCUCACAGCCAUUCCACUGUCAGCCUACGGACCAAUGGCAGCGGCAGCAGCAGCUGCUAUGAGAGGUUCCACCCAGUCACGUAACGCAGGCUACCUGGGCACCAGCAGCCCUGGGCCAAUGGCUGACCUGUAUGCAGCAGCUAGUCAGGACUCAGCAGUCAGCAGCUAUCUCAGCGCAGCCAGUCCUGGCCCCAACUCAGGAUUCGGCCACGGUCUCGGGGGUCCUCUGAUUGCAGCCUUUACCAACGGGUACCACUAAGCAGAUUCAGCCAAUCACCGGACACGGAAGGAGGUUUCUUCUGCUGACGAGCCAAUCAAACUGCUGUGUGCCUACCCAUGGCACAAUCCAAUUGGCAGCCACAGGUCAAACCCCACCCCUGGCUCCCCCUGAAUCCACCCACCGACUGAAGAAGAUAUUUUAUAUUUUAGAAUCCUGUAUCUUGUAUUCCUGUACUAAUAUCACUUCCUCUUCUCAGUCCCUUGUUUCUCCUAUUCUUUACCUUCACGUAGGUUUAUUUAAUUAGAUUCCAAUGCUGUUUCUUUUUAAAAAUAUCGUUCUGACAGAAAAAUACAUGUGAAAAGAACGACUGUGGGUUGCGCUCAUGGCAAACACAGAUUCUGUCAGAUGUAUUUUUACUUUAUAUUUGAGGAUUUUUUAUUUAAUCACAAUGUUUUGAUUUAUUGUCUGCUCCUUUGACCUCCCUUUAAUGUGUUACUGAGGUGAGAUGGAGAGAACGAGGAGAAUAGAGGGGUAGAGAGAACUGAAAUGGUGUGUGGGAUAGGGUCUCCUUGUCAAAAGGAGUACCUAACCCAUUUUAAACAGUGGAAGAACAAAGAAAUUAUGUCCCAGGAAACAUGAAAAGAAAACUAAAAUGUAUAUUUUGAUAGUUUUUAAAACAAAACAUUUGUAAUAUUGUUAUUAAUAUUGAGCGUAAUGAUGAUAAUCGGUAAGGUAUUUUAUUCCGUAAUUGGUUUUGAAAGGAAUGUUUUAUUUCCUUCCUGUAAAAUAUUGUAUAUAGAGUUUGAGGGGGGGGUUGUACUUUGAUUGGCAGGUAAGGUUACUAUUAAUCGUUCGGGUGCCAUUUAAACUGGAAGUCUUUUAACUUCUACAACAUGUUCUACGGUGGCAGGUCAUUUCUAUUUGAACGUGGCUAUCCCCUAAGCAUUUGUUUAGUGUUUAGGCCAACAACAUGCAUGAGCAGGGUUGAAGACGAGAUGAUAUUUGUAAAUAAGUCGUAAUGAUAAGAUCCUAUUCAUUAGAAAUUGGUUUCAGAGAUUAUCCAAAAGUAACAACAAUAGAACACGCUUAAAUGUACAUGCAGUUCAGUUUCAUUCCGUUACUGUAAACAUUUAUUAACUGUAGUGUGUGAAUUCCAAAUCUGCAUUUCAUCAUACAGCGCUACGACAGAGUUGUUUUUGAUUUGUGCCAGUAACCGGUUUCUAUUGAAUCGGGCCCCUUAAAGGCAGUCUUAUCACAUCACAUUAACAUAAAAAUAGAAUUACUUGAAUGGGGAUUCCCAUUCUAGUAAUUCUAGUUAUAUGGACAUGACAUCCACGUAUCCCUCAGAAGAACUUGAAUUGGAACAGAUAAUUGGAUAAGGAAAAACUUAAAUGAGGCCCUGUUUUUUUUAUAUUGCUAUGGUGAGGGUGCAUGGAUGUGGUUAAGGGGGAUUGGGUGGGCUUUAAUACAGCUUUUUGGUGGGAUAUAUUUUGUGCUAUUUUAGGUAUAUUUUGCGCUAUUUUCCUUCAUUAUGUUUUUUCUUUCUUUCUUGGUGUUCAAUGUACGGGUCAUAUGGACCGUAGAAACAAAUGAAGGACAUACUUAACAAAGCAAUUGACUCUUAAAAUAUUAUUACAUCAUGAUUGUAUUCGUCCUCUGAUGACUUUUGAAAGUGCGUGUGUCAUUAUGUGUGAAAGUGUGUUUGUGUGUGUGAGUGUUUGUGUACACGCACAAUAGUGAGGUGAAGUAUGGAACUAGCUACAUUUGACAGCUGAGAUGCAUUUUUUGAUUUUGGUACUGCCAUUUUGGUACUGAAAUGUUUGCCUGGUUCCAUUUAGUCUAACACCCCACACAUAAGGACUAGGGGAUCAUAGGGACUAGGGGUAGAUAAAUCAAAAUAGAAUAGGGCCUCUGUCCCAGUCAGUACAGAAAAUAGGUAUACACAGACCAGUAGCUGGAAGGGAGGAGGAGACAGAGUGUCACAAAGCUAUUUCAAUGAAAAUCACAUGAAUUAUGUAUAUUUUCCUCAAAGUCUUCCAAUAAACAUCAACAAGAAUCUCCCAUUUUAAACUGGCUAGUACUGCCCUUUUCCGACUGGCUUGGUCACUACACAAAACUACUGCUGGACACGAACACUGUAACUUUUUAACUUACAAAAAGCAAUAAGUUAUUUUUUAUCUUAGAAAUAAUAAUGAUAUUAAUAGCAAUAUGAGUAUUGAUAAUUCCAUGGCAUUAAGACUUAUUUUCAGAACAAAAAUAUAAACAAUAUUUUUCUUUUGUACGAUUUCGUUCCCCAUGUACAGUAAUGAUUCAGUGAUUUUUAAGACGCUGGUGUUUUUUUGUUUGUUUGUGUUGAUGCUUUCUUCAGGGUCGGGAAAGGGGCAAGGCCUUGGUUGUUAAAGCUCCAAGGUCUUUACCAACACUGUAACUAAACUUUUAUUUGGACUGUUCCCCGCCCGCUUUGUCAUAUGUAUUUCUUAUUUUGUUCUACUCUGGAAAUUUCAAUUUUACAAUUCCUAAUAAAUUAUUUUAAAGCAUUCCA